CCAAAAUACACACACAAAAACAACAAGCAUUAACCACAUAAAUUGUGUCACAAUUUAAACAAAGCCAAUGGCUAGCAACCCAAUGGUCACUUACAUAUGCAAGCGAACCGUGGUGAGCACGAAACCGGUCCAACCAAGGAAGCGCCACUCACUUUCCGUCCUGGACCGGGUCAUGGGAGAAAACCACCUGAAGAUGGUGUACUAUCUGAAGGACACUACUACUCCUAACAAGUACUACAAGCCGGGCGAGAUCACCAAAAUGUUGAGGGAGUCGAUAUCCGAGACACUCACGUUUUUUCCUAUCAUAACGGGGAGGCUGGUGAAGGAGGAAGACGGGAGGACUUGGAUGAUAAAGUGCAACGAUGCAGGGGUGAGAAUGGUGGAGGCUCGAGCACAAGGGAGUGUGGAUGAAUGGCUCAGUAAUGUUGAUAGAGAAAGGGAGAUGAAGCUUGUCCAUUGGGAGGAGAUGUUCCAUAAACCUUACUUUUGGUCCACUUUCUACGUUCAGCUAACAGAGUUUGAAGGUGGAGGUGUGGCAAUAGGGUUGAGUUGCUAUCACCUCUUGGCCGAUCCGGUUUGUGCAACUAUGUUCAUCAAGGCAUGGGCUGACAUAGCUUUCCUAGGGAAAAUGCAACAUCCACCAUUUUUUCACCCUUUGCCUAUCCCAAAGCUCAUUCACAACCCUAGCCGCCUCCCUCACAUUAGUAAAACCAAUGACUUGAUUGAACACUACAAGGCUACCAUAAUUAAUAACUCUGUUGCGACCGUUGAUCAAAAUGUCGAGCUGACAAGCCACGUGGCCACUCUUUCCUUUUCAUUCACGAGCUCCAUGGUGCAAUCCUGCAUGGCCAUGGCUCAGACAGGGUCGACCCAGAUGCAAGCAUCACCAUUCGAGGUGUUAUCAGGUCUCUUUUGGUUGUGUCUGAGUGAAGUGAAGAAGGAGGGCGAUGGGUUAGUGGACAUGUCCAUAUGCUUGGAUGCUAGAAAGGCAUUGGGAUUGGAUAGUGGAUUUUUUGGUAAUUGCAUGGUACACAAUCGAGUUCAAUGUUCAAGUCAUGAACCUCCCUCGAUAUCAUCAUUGCCUAGUGUGGUCGCGUCUAUAAGAGAAGCUGCAGGGGAGAUAACAAACUCAAACUCGGUAAUGGGCUUGAUCGAGUGGCUAAGAUGCAAAGACCUUUAUAAUGAUGAUGCAGAUCAAAAGGAGUCCCCUUCCCCCAUCAAUCAUGGCAAUUGUGAGAUGGUUUGUAUUGGGUUGGAUGGAGUAGACCCAUACUCUGCUAGGUUCGAGGAUGGGUUGGCGCCGAUCAGGGUUUCAACCUAUGUCGAACCGGUUGGCGAGAAAUGGCAGGUUCUGAUUCUCCCUGCGCCAUUGGCUUCCACCGGUGGAGGUUAUCAGAGCGGACAACUAGAUAGAGUGGUGAUGGUUACGAUUCCAAAAGAGUUUGUGGGAAGUUUGUGCAGAAAUGAACUUAUUCGAAACUUAUGUCCGGAUAUUGUAAUGGGUAUGAAUGAUGUAGUAUCUAGUCCAAACUGUAGAAUAGCCGUGUGACAUAACAGAAGUAGAUUACAUAAUAUUUGAUGAAAAAUAAAUUUCUUACUUCUUUGCUCUAGUAAAAGUGUGUGCAUACAUAUGCAAUCUUUACAACAAAAUCAGGAUUC